AUGGCAGAACAGCAAAUCUCGUUCAAGGUCGAAGACCUUUUCUCCGUCAAGGGCAAGGUCGUUGUCAUUACCGGCGGCGGUUCAGGCCUGGGCAAGGCCAUUGCAGAGGCCUUUGCGGUCAACGGGGCGCGCGUCUACAUUUCGGGACGGCGGCAGGAAGUGUUGGACACGGCAGCCAAACAGAUUGGGGGUGACAUUCACACCAUCCAGGGCGAUGUCCAGACAGAAGAGGGCUGCAAGGCCAUUGUGGCGGCCGUGGCAGGCAAGGAGUCCCACAUCGACACCCUGAUUAACAAUGCGGGCGUCAACAGCCCGUGGCGCGUCCAGGCAAAAGACCACAACAAUGCCGAACAAGUGCAGAAUCUGUUGAUGAACGGUCUGACAGAGGAGGACUUUGAUCGGAGUAACCAGAGUGAGCCAGCCGUAUCUCCGCAACGAACACAGAGAGAGGUCGCAUAUACUAACAGACCAGUCAACGUCAUGGGCGUCUACUUUAUGACGGUCAAUUUCAUCCCGCUCCUGCGCAAGUCCGCUUCGCCCAAUGUCUGCGUAAUUGCCUCGCUCGCCGCCAUUGCCAACCAGCGCAGCAUGGGCUCGCUGACCUACAGCGUGUCCAAAGCAGCCACCGUCCAUCUCGCCAAACUCCUCGCCGGCCGCCUUCACCCAAUGAACAUCCGCGUCAACACCAUAUGCCCCGGCAUCUUUCCCUCUGAAAUGACGGGCACCACCGCCGGCAAGCACUCGUACAACAUCAACCACCAGGCCGAGCGUGCCGCCAAGCGCUGUACUGCGGGCCGGCCCGGCCGUCCCGAAGAAAUUGUGGCGCCUGUGCUGUUGCUAUCCAGCCCCGGGGGAGCGUACAUGAACUGCGCGCUGCUGACGGUCGACGGCGGUCGGCUGAUGGGGGUAUCGAUUAACGACGGCAUCCGCAUGCCCGAGGACACGUACACGUGA